AUGGACGUGACAUGUGAUACAGCGGCCUUGUUACGGCAGAGUCAGGAGAGAUUUAGAAGUCCAGAUAUUUCUCGAAGACCAUUGGGAGAAGAAGCCUUAGCUGCUCAUGCGGUCAAAAAGACUCGUCGUGCAAAGUCAACAGAACCUACAUCACUCGAUCCAAAUGAUCCAUUUGUUAAGUAUACAGUCGAAGGAGAUAAAGUAAGAGAAAUUUUGGAAGAUGAAAGGAUGGACAAGCGUUGGUCAUUGAUUGCCAAAAGCUACGAAAAUAUGUCUAAGCAAGAGCUUAUGAACAAUUACAGGUUGCUCAUGAAUGAAAAGCUCCGGUUGGAGAGAUUUCUCUCUAUAAUGACUAAAAAUAACGAAAUGGCUCGCAAUCGCUUGGAAUCCGACUUGUUAGAUGCGAUGAUGUGUAUAGAAGAUUUGAAACAAGCUCUCGAGAUUCGUAUGGCACGACGACGAAAAGUUGAUCCUCGAGAAGCUGAGGAAAGAAGAUAUCUGAUUCGUCAAAACAAGAAACUGUUAAAUCAGUUAUUUGAAUCAGCGAAGAAAAUUGAAAGAUUAGAAGUAACCAAAGUAGAAAUGAAAGAACAACUGGAAUUACUGGAUUUUCAAAUUGUUGAAGUUGAGAAUCAGAAAGCUAUGAUUGAGGAAGAAUUGAGAAGGGUUCCUCCCGCUAUACAUGUGGAAACUCAAACGGAGGAAAGCCUUGGCAGUCGUCAGUUGAUAUCUCAAUUAAAGGAACAAAUAAGUUUACUCAUGAGUGACUUAUCCAAUCAAAAAGCUGAAACUGCAGCUGCUAUUGCUAAGCACACUCAUCUUGACAAUUUAGUUAAAGAAUUACGUCGUGACAACAUCGAACUGCGCGACCAAUUAUCUCAUGUCGAUGACGCUGAUAAUUCACUAGCUGAAAGUGAUAAACCACUGGCUACUGAUGUUAGACUACUUAAAGUUCAAUUAGCUGAACAGUUAGAAUAUGUCAAAGAUUUAAAAGAAAAAUUGAAUUCAUCAAGAUUAUAUUCAGAAAAACUAGAAUCCCAUGUACAAGACCUUAUUAGCAAUAGUAACUGUAAUCAAUCUGCUGAGAUUGUAUCAUUCGAAAUAGAUCAUUCUGAACAAAAUACAACUGGUGUUUUCCAUUCGAUGGACUAUACAAAACAGCCAACUAUUUCUCAAUCACAACCACUUGUUGUAAAGGAAACAACAACAAUAGCAGCAUCUCCUAAAGUAGAUGAUAUACUUCUUCAACAAACAAUUCAUACCUUUCAGAUACUUUUAAAUGAACGUGAUCAAGAGAUAAAUCAAUUAAAAAAACAUCUCAAGCAAAAUCCAGCUAACAAUACUGAAUUAACACCAGAUAUAAAUCUUCCAAAAUUAUUCGAAUCAUCAAUUCAAACAGAAUUAAAUAGUGAACAAAUGGAAAAAUUAUCGAAUUUAAAAGAUACUUUAAAUUCAGGUGGUCAGUUAUUGACAAGCGAACAGUACGAAACAUUAAACAAAGAAUUAAAUACAACAUUAAAUACAUUAACGAAUGAUCCUAAUAAUGAUAAUCUAUUACCAUCUAAACAAUUAUCGUCAUAUACAAAUGAAAAAGAAAAAUCUAACCAAAACUAUGAUGAUUUAAUUCAAACUGUGAAUAAAUUAAGAAAAGUAUCCGAAUCUAUUAAACCAGUAUCAACUUCAUUAGAGGUAAACCCAAAUGAUAAUAUUGAUCAGGCAAAUACGAAAACAAAUAAUACUGAUCAAAAGGUGAUAGAAACUUUACAGUGUCAAAUUGAAAGCUUGAAACAAGAAAUUAAAAGACUACAACGAGGUGCUUCUACAGUUGAAGAACGAAUCACUAAUGGAAAUGUUGGUGAUUUUCAUAUAUCACACAGUUCCCCAAGUCAUUUUUACUCAAUGGAUCCAUCUGGAAAUGUGGAUAGGCAGUAUGAAGAAAAAUCCAAUUCAUUACAUAAUCCAUCAUACUACAGUGCUCAAUUGCAAGAACUACGUCAGACUGGUGACUCAGAAUUAGUUCGUGCACAUCUUAGUCUAUCUGAAAGACGUCGACGUGAGCUUGAAAGACGUAUAACCGAACUAACUGAUGAAUUAGCACGUUCUCGUGCUGAAGCACGUUCAGCGGAAACUAGUCUUUCUGCUGCUCGUCGAACUGAAGCAGCACUAAGAAGACGCCUUCUUGUAGCUAUGGAUUCUCGAGGUUCACCCAAUGGAAAUUACGAAAUCAAUAUGUUAAGAAAUCCACAUGAAUUUUCUACGAACGAAAGUUCAGAAAUUCUGAAUGCUGUGGAGUUACAAGCAGAUAUUAUUAAACUUCAAGCUAUUAAUGCUUCUCUAAUGGAAGCUGCUUUACUAGAUCGAACAAGGUUGCAUGAUCAAGCUAUGCGUAUAGACCAGUUGGAAUCAGAGCAUAAAGCUUUACUUGAUCGAGUUUCAUGUCUUCAGGCAGCGGAAACUGGUGCACAACGUGGUAUUGUACGUUUACAAGCUCUUUAUGAAGACAUGCUACGUGAAUAUUCAGAAUCUAAGCCAUUCGAACGAUCAAGGGUUUGUGGACGUAAUCGUCAAAAAAGUGAUUCUCGUAAUUCUAGAGAUGCUGAUGAUGAUAAUUAUCGGGCUGCGUCACGAAAUCGUGAUAUGAGACAAACAGAACAAGUGAUUUCGGAAGUCCAGAUUAUGAGCUCUUCACGUAAACGGUCUGUAUAUGAGAACUCAGAAGAAAUCGUUGCUGCAUCAUCUACAACAGUUCCAGUUGGUUCAUGCAAUUCUCCAGCUUGCAUUGCUGUACGCAAUCUUUUAAAAGCAUUUCAAGAUCGUUAUAAUGAUUUAAUGAAUCAAUAUAUGCAAAUUCAACAUUAUCCAACAUUAACAAAUGGUCAUCUAGAUGAAAUGAAUAAUAAUAGCGGCAAUCAGAAUGAUGAUAAUAGUAGCAUAAUUCUUAGGAAAUCUUCACAAACCCCAGCAUUCAUUGAAGAAUUAUAUACUCAACUAAAUAAUAUUUUAAUUUUAUUGAAUGAAAAUAAUCAUAAACAUAAACAAACCGUUAACAAUAAUGAAUUAAGUGAACAUAUUAAAAUGUGUAUCAGAUUGAUUGGUUUAUUAGACAAUUGGAUUAAUUCUUGUUUACGACAGAAUGAUAUGGAAAUUGCACAUCUACGCUCUUUAGUUAUGAAGUUAGAAUUAUGUAUUAAUAAUUCAGCUGGUACAGAACAAAACACAACAAUAUUUACUUCAUCAAUGAAUAAUCCAUGUAGUAAAAAUAAUAGUGAUCUAAAUAAACAAACGUUCUCAUGUUCAAUCAGCGUGAAUAGGAAACUGGACCCCAGUAGAUUUAUACUCAACGAACAAGAAUUAUUUAAUUUAAGGGAAAAGUUAAGACUAGCUGAAGCCCAGCUUCAGUUAACGUCAACAAUGCGAACUACAUAGGUGAAUCCGUUACACGUUUGGUGAGUCCAGUUGUGCUUAAUAUUAAUUCAAACAUUAUCACUCAGUCUUAAUCUUAAUAUAAGGCCCUGGUUUGUAUAAGGGUUAGCCUAAGGAUGUCGAAUGUCAUUAUGCUUAUUGAUUAUUUGUCACCUUAUUCCAAGAUAUAUGGAAGCUGACGACCUCUGUAAAUGUUAUAAUGCUGCUAUGUAGCUGUUCGAAAUCCUACCGUUUGACCAAAUUCAAAUAUUCCAACGCGACCUCAAAUACUGUUCCCGAAUCUCCAAUAUUUCAGAACACAGCACCGUUAGAUGAAGUUGUUUAUGGGGUCGAAUACAUAAGAGAUGAAGGAAGGAAGGAAUCGAAUAAUAAACUUUACAGAUAAUGCAUAUUUAUACAGUUAAGUCGAAUAGGAAACAACAUUGAAG